AACCAAACACGAUACGAUUCUAGGGGCGACUUCUGCGAAGACACAGAUUGAUGGGGAUACAGUUGUAGACAUCCUCUCCCUUUCAAAGUUUUUUCCCUCAAAUUCUUCUGCUGGAAGAUAAAAAACUCCCACAACUCGGUUGCUUUCAAAGCCAUGCGGCGACUCGCUGCGGAUAGAGCUAAAAGGCUAAUUCGCUCGUUUCUUGCGGCUCAAUCCUCUCUUUCCGUGUCGUCACCAUCUUCGUUCCUCUCCUCCCCAGCUUCCGCCGCUAUGUCCACUUCUUCGACUCCAACAGUCUCCCUCGCUUCCAUCAACCCAAAGGUGUUGAAAUGUGAAUAUGCUGUUCGUGGAGAGAUUGUUACUCAUGCUCAGCGCUUACAAGAAGAUUUGAAAGCGAAACCAGGUUCCCAUCCUUUUGAUGAGAUACUAUAUUGCAAUAUCGGGAACCCCCAGUCCCUUGGUCAGCAGCCGAUUACCUUUUUUAGAGAGGUUCUUGCUUUAUGCGAACAUCCUUCCAUUUUAGACAGGGAUGAAACUCAUGGCUUGUUCAGUGCGGAUGCCAUAGCAAGAGCAUGGGAGAUUCUAGAUGUAAUACCAGGUAGAGCUACAGGUGCUUAUAGUCACAGUCAGGGAAUUAAAGGUUUACGAGAAGCAAUUGCAGCAGCAGGAAUUGCUUCGCGUGAUGGAUAUCCAUGCAAUUCCGAUGAUAUUUUCUUAACAGAUGGUGCAAGUCCAGCUGUGCACAUGAUGAUGCAGUUACUAAUCAGGUCUGAGAAAGAUGGCAUUCUCUGCCCUAUUCCGCAGUAUCCUCUUUAUUCUGCCUCAAUUGCUCUGCAUGGUGGUUCUCUUGUCCCAUAUUACUUAGAUGAAGAAACCGGAUGGGGGUUGGAGAUAUCUGACUUGAAGAAGCAAUUGGAAGAUGCUCGGUCCAAGGGUAUAACUGUGAGGGCACUUGUGGUGAUAAAUCCAGGCAAUCCCACUGGACAGGUUCUUGCUGAGGAGAAUCAAAGACAGAUAAUAGAGUUUUGCAAGGAAGAAUCCCUGGUUUUACUUGCAGAUGAGGUAUACCAAGAGAAUAUCUACGCUGGGGGCAAGGAAUUCAAUUCACACAAGAAGAUUGCGAGAUCGAUGGGAUAUGGUGACAAAGAUAUUUCCAUAGUAUCUUUUCAAUCUGUCUCUAAGGGAUACUAUGGAGAAUGUGGAAAGAGGGGGGGCUACAUGGAGGUUACUGGCUUUAGUGCUGAUGUGAGAGAACAGAUUUACAAGGUGGCAUCUGUGAAUCUCUGUUCAAACAUCUCUGGCCAAAUUCUUGCUAGCCUCGUAAUGAAUCCACCGAAGCCCGGAGAUGAAUCAUAUGAUUCUUUCACUGCAGAGAGAGAUGGAAUUUUGUCAUCUUUGGCACGGCGUGCUAAGGCAUUAGAAGAUGCUUUCAAUAGCUUAGAAGGUGUGACCUGCAACAAGGCUGAGGGCGCCAUGUAUCUCUUUCCUCGCAUUCGCUUGCCAACAAAGGCAAUUGAGGCCGCCAAGGCGGUGAACUCUGUACCCGAUGCAUUCUAUGUUCGCCGUUUGCUCGAAACGACUGGAAUUGUCAUCGUACCUGGUUCUGGCUUCGGCCAGGUUCCUGGAACAUGGCACAUAAGAUGCACAAUUCUUCCUCAGGAGGAUAAGAUGCCUGCUAUCGUCUCCAGGUUCAAGGCAUUUCAUGAAUCAUUUAUGGAAGAAUUUCGGGACUAAAAAAAAGAAAGAAAGAAUUAUUCGUGCUCAUUCUCCACAACAUUGGUCUGAAAUAAAAUUAUUGAUCAUUUAUGUUUUAUUUUUUAUCAAUGCAGUUGCAGUUUUUGCUUAUUUAUGAUUUUUUUGUCAUCAACAGAAGGACAAAAAAAAUUGGCUAUAAUAACUGGGGUAUGGGGUGUAAGAUUUGUUUUAGGACUCAGGAGUAAUUACUGUUGGUUGAACCUUUGGAUUCAUUUUAAGUUAUAGAUUAAACAUUCGUCCUCUCUUUGUUUA